GCGGGUCACCUCUACAACAAGCGGGGUCCUGGCCAGGUGCCGGGCGGCAUUGGCAACAACAACAUCAAUAGUCACAUCGGGGUCGGCGGCACUGCCGGUGGCAUCCUUCAUGGAGGAGUCAAGGGCCAACGGCAGCCAUUCCUUCAGCGUCUACCGUCGCGUAUACACGAUCUCACUCGGGCAAUCGAGAUGGCAGUUUCGGGAGCGGCGAACACGGCAACGCAGCAACAUCAACAGCAACAGCAGCGUCAGCAUGCGCAAGCCAAGCAGACCUCCCUGAAGAACAAGCCCAAUAACAAUCGUCAAGCCGGCAGCAAAAAGCUCCAGCAGAGCGAAAAAGUGUAGUUGCAAGGAGUGUGUGAGAGAGAAAGAGGGAGAGAGAGACUGAGCGUAUGUGUACUUGCGUUCGUGUGCGUGUGUAUGUGUGAGAGAAAGAGAGAGAGAGAGAGAGAGAGAGAGAACGGUUGAAGAGAGAAGUAAUGAAGGAAAUAGAAAGGAGGCCGCGCGAGAGAUAAUUAGAAAGAAGUAGGUUAGAUCGUUCGACUGUCCGAUAUGUAAUCGUAGACUGUGCAUGUGGAAAGCUCGAAGGAAAAUAACGGGGAGGGGGGUAGAAAAAAAGAAUGCGAUAUUAACGAGUCUCCUCUCGUGUUCUCUCAUUCCCUUUUUUUUCCUCGCUGCGCUCUUCUUCUUUCGAGUUUCUGUUUUUGCAUUCGGUCAUAAUCAUAGAUGAAAAGAAAUCACACCUUGGAACAUCUUUGACGUUUUAUUGACACAAGCAAAAUUGUAAGAAAUUUGACAAGGAAGACGAAAGAAGUACGUUUUUGCCUUUAUCUUACGUUCCUCCACAAUCAUGCUACAAGAUGCCAAAUAGGAAAUUUUAUUCCUACAAAGGCGUAAAUUUUCUUGACUAGAUGACGCGCGGGGAUGAUAGGAGAAUAACACGAAGAGACUAGUUAAAAAAGAGCCGUACCGAAAUUCGUAUUAGGUCUUACGGGUGACUCGCACAGCGUUCUACUCGCGAGUCCUGUACUACAUAUUGUCGCUACAUAUUGCCGAUUUAUAUGUAUGUGUACGCGAAAGCAUGCUUGUGGGCAUCAAGUGUGUAAACAGGACGAUAGUUCAUAAAGAGCUUUGAAGCUUGAGGGAAGAGGAAGACGCAAAAGAUCGAGGUAUGAAAGUGAGGAAGAAAGACAGAGAGAAAGGAGAGAGAGAGAGAGAGAGAGAGAGAGAGAGAGAGAGAG